AUGCACAAUCGGUGUUUGAAAUUCAAAACUGACAUAAAAUUAACACAAGAAAUGUCGCAAAACUAUCCAAAAGACUCUUUGGAUCGAUUCGGUGAUGACAUGUGCGAACACAUAUUGUCUUAUCUCACUCUCGAGGACCGAUUUCGCUGCGAAUGUGUGUCCAAACAGUGGCGGCGAUUAAUAUACACGACACAAACGGAUUUCAUAUGUACUUACAGUCAAACCCCGUUUAUGUAUAACGAAUUGUUUGUAGAUUACGAGCGCAUAAUCCGUGCAUUACUUCACAAAUGCGUUAAUUUGUUGUACAUUGAAAUCAGAGACCAUCAUAGGAAGCGGUUGUCUUGCGAUAAAAUUGUUUCAAUGCAUAAAAUAAUCGCCGAAUCCAUUGAACGAGAUAUUUAUGCCAUUGAAUGGCCGCCAAUGGGAGUCAUCGGGCGAUCACUCACCGAACAGAUCCCGUCGGCCAUCCGAGAAGCCAAUGGCCUGCCAUUGAAUCCAUGGAUUAAACAACAUUUGAACAAACAGUACGCGAGCGUCAAACUGUGUGUAAAACUAUGCCAAACACGUGUCCGUACGGGCGACAAGUGUCUAACCGUACGGCAAAUGUUUGUCGACAAAAACCGCAAUUUGUUUGAAAAGUAUCGAAAGUUUAGCUGUUAUUUCUCUAUACAUAACAGCAUAGAGUUUAUAAAUUUUGCACAAACUUAUGGCCACACUUUGAGAUCAAUUGCGGUGACAAUCGUUAACUUAUGUGAUGAGAUAGACAUUAAGACACUGAUGAACUGUUUGUCGAAAAUGCGGUCAUUACGUGAUGUGCGAAUAAUUUACUCGGAUUUACUAACGGAUCCCAAAGCCUAUUCUCACUCCAUAGCGUAUGUAAUCAGUAAACUAUACGCCGUUAGAGACGCCGAGACUGAGAGACUGCGGGAACGUAUGGCCGGCGCCGAAGUCAAGGAAGCGAUCGACAAGUUUAACAAUCGGAAAAUGUUUCACAAAAUAAUAUUUCUAAAAAUUACAGAAAGAGUGACCGGCGCUGAGGCCAGGGAUGCAAUGACUAAUAUAUUCAUUGAUUAA